ACCCGCUGUCGGUGCCUGCGCGCCUCCGCGGUUCGGCUCUGACCCAGCAGCAGCAGCAGGAGCAGCAGCAGCGAGAGGAGGAGCAGAGUUCUGUUCAGGCUGCAGAGGAUUUCUCCAACAAUAAAAACAAGGAUGAAGCAGAACACUGCACUGUAGCAACCUGAGCAGGAGGACAACUUGAGGAACAACAUAACUAGGAGAAGUCUUCCUCUCAGUGAAUGAUCCGCCUGCUGUUGCUGCUGCUGCUGCUGCAACUGAUGCUGAUCCUCAACACAACCGGCAGAAAACGUUUCUUCUAAAAAAAACUAAAAAAAAAAAGAACUGAUGCUCCUUUUUCCUGCUGAGGAAUCGGCCGUCUCUGUGCAGGAUCAGGUGCAGCAGCUGAAUGGCGGCGUUCUGCAGCAGAGACUCUGUCAGAUCUUCAGACGUGGAGAACUUGGUUUGCACGCUCAGUUCAUCUGAGGGAGUAGAAAACCCCCCUGACAUGAAGGUCCACUGCAGACCUGGAGGCGAUGAAGUGGUCCAUUCAAAGAGCUCCGGGUGUCAGACGGCUCUCCACCGCAGCGCCAUGGUGGGGAACAGCGAGACCACGGCCGCUCUGAUCGCUGGAGGCUGCGCUGUGGACCUGCAGGACCCACUUGGAAACACGGCGCUCCAUGAGGCGUCCUGGCACGGAUUCACACAGUGCGUCAAACUGCUCGUUAAGGCUGGCGCUGACGUGCGCGUCAAGAACAAGGCAGGAAACUCGGCGCUUCACCUGGCCUGCCAGAACGCACACGCUGCCACUGCUCAGCUCCUGCUGCUCGGAGGUUCAAAUCCCGACGCCAAGAACAAGGUGGGCGAUACCUGUCUGCAUGUUGCUGCUCGCUACAACAACCUGAACCUGCUGAAGAUCCUGCUGAGGUCGCGGUGCCGCUUGAAUGAGACCAACCAGGUUGGAGACACAGCUCUUCACGUCGCAGCAGCUCUGAACCACAGGAAAGCUGUUCAGCUUUUACUGUCAGCCGGUCUGGAUGUGAGAGUCCGGAACAACGCAGGAAAAACAGCGCUGGAUAAAGCCAGAGAGCACCAGAGCAAACAUGUGGCUCUGCUGCUCUCCAAAGUUCCUCAGGUACGUUACAUGAGGAGAAAGACGAUGAGGAAGCCCAGACUGAGAGCGCCGACUCGACCCGCCAAAGUCGGCGCCUUGAAGAUGGAGCAAACAGAACCCAGAUCAGACAGUAAGGAACUGGAUGCAGAAGAUCUCACCUCAGGAAGGAAACACAGUAAAUCGCAGAAGGACGAGUUCUGGGAUGAGGGUGGAAAAACCUUUCAGCUGUACACUCUGUACAGAGACAGGGAGGGCAGAGUGCGGCAGGCUCCUGCCAGCGGCUGCAUCUGCGAGUCGCUCAUAAAGAAGCUGCAGGGUGAUCUCACGACGACAAAGCAGGAGCUGAGGCUGCAGAUCCUGAAUGUCCAGGAGGAGCUGCACGGCCAGAUGGACAGGAUGGAGCGCCGCAACAAACACCAGCUCAGGAAGUUGGAGAUGUUGAUCCAGGAGAAAGCAGCAUCUGAGAGGAGGAGCCUUACAUCCAGGAUGGAGCAGAGAGCAGCACAGGACCGAGCAGAAGUUCUGAUGAACCAGGAUGCUCUGAGAUAUGAACUGAAGAGCUGGUGUCUGUCUCUGCUGGAGGACUUGGACAUCUCGGUUCCAGCUGAGACCAUUUACCAGAACCUGCUGCUGUCUCCGUCCGCAGCAGAAACGGAUCUGGAGUCGGUGCCGCUGCUGUUUUCUGGAGACAGCAGCCCCUCUGUGUCCACCAGCACCCUGAGACCAAGAGGAUCUGAGAGUUUGAGGCUGGCCGAACCGACCGGGGGCAGAACCUACUUCGAGAUGAAGGUGGACAGGUGUGCAGUUCAGAACCCAGAAAGCUCAAUGGACCUCUCCACAGUCUCUUCUGCCCCCUCCUGGCUCUCAGCAGUACUGCAGAACCUUCCUCUCUUUGUAGAUUACACAGAGGAACGCUCCAGCAGCACCAGCACCGGCCCACAGGAAGAGGUCUGGGGCCCCAAGAACGACACCAUGACUCUGGAGUUCCUCAUGGACCGACCUGCUGAGCCCACAUUCAUUCAGGAGAGGAAACACCUGCACGCCGUAGAGGUGACUCAGCAGUUCUUUGACGCCGUGUCGGCUCAGCUGGAGCGCUGGUGCUCCAGGAAGAUCCUGGAGGUGGAGUUCCAGUCGGAGCUCAGGGCCCGAGCAGAGAGGAAGGAGAUGCUGCAGCGAAUCAGAGAGCUGGAGGAGGAGCUUCACCGGCUGCAGACCAAUGAGGAGAAAGAGAGCUUCCUGAGACCGAAGAAAUCAGAUUUUAAUUGAGUAUUGAUACAAAAAGGUCUGCCAGCAGAAUUUAGCUUCAUGUUUGUAUGGUUUUAUUAUCAGGAGAGUCAGUUCAGACUAAAAGCUGAUCCUGAUGGAUUUCACUUUGUCUCCAGUAGAUGAGGUUUCAAAGGGGAUGUUCAUCACAUUUUUUGCAGAAAAUCAGUUUUAGAUCAUUCUGCCUGUUUUGAGCUCCUUUUAGAACAAAUAGAUGUGCAAUUAUACAACCAUUCAGCUUUGAAAAGCAGAAGUGGA